GCAGAGUGUAGAUGCGACAGUCAGUGGCUGGUGGUAAACAUUAGUUAAAGAAGGUGACAGGGCAGCAAACAUUCCAGGUUGUCUCACGCUCAAACUGGGGAUUUGGAUUUAUAUCACAGAAGCAAUAUAAAAGCUAACCUCAGCCUCGGAGUUAUGCUCUGACAAACCACCUCACGCCAUUGCCCUCAUUCAGUCGGUGACCAGUGGCAUAAUUAACUUUUGCCAUGGCAAUCCUGUUUGCGGUGGUGUCCCGAGGUACCACCAUCCUGGCCAAACAUGCCUCGUGUGGUGGUAAUUUCCUGGAGGUGACGGAGCAAAUCUUGGCCAAAAUACCGUCAGAGAACAACAAGCUGACCUACUCCCAUGGCAACUAUCUAUUCCACUACAUCUGCUAUGAGAGAAUUAUCUACCUGUGUAUCACAGACGAUGACUUUGAGAGGUCACGGGCGUUCAGCUUCCUGAGUGAGGUAAAGAAGCGUUUUCAGACGACCUAUGGGUCUCGGGCCCAGACGGCUCUGCCCUACGCCAUGAACAGCGAAUUCUCCAGUGCACUGGCUGCACAGAUGAAGCACCACGCGGAUCCACAGGCUACGGAUCGUGUGAUAGAAACGCAGGUACAGGUGGAUGACUUAAAGGGAAUCAUGGUCCGUAAUAUUGACCUGGUGGCUCAGAGAGGGGAGAAGCUUGAGCUGCUGAUUGACAAGACCGAGAACCUUGUGGACUCUUCUGUAACCUUUAAAACCACCAGUCGUAAUCUGGCACGUGCCAUGUGCAUGAAGAACCUGAAGCUGACCUUUAUUCUCGCCAGUGCAUCCAUUGUGUUGCUCUACAUCGUCACUUCAGCUGCAUGUGGAGGACUCAGCUGGCCCAACUGUGUGAAGUAACACAGGAUCUAUUACUUCUGUGAGGGGGACUAUGGAGGGACGCUCCCACCUCUGCUUUCGUCAAGGACAACCAACCACUGUCAAGACUAUACAUAUACUUGAACUGAAGCUCACCUUCUUGUCCUCACCACUCAAGAUCAAAGAUCACACCUGCCUUACACACUACAAGUAGCAUGGAACUCAUACUGUUAAUAAUGCUAACCAAUGCUAACAAGAAUAUCACUCCAUUUGAAUAUGUUACACACAUAUAUGAUGUAAGCAUAGGCUUACUCACUUAGCUUCACUCUUGGAAUUAUUAGCUCAUUUUGAUUAGAAUGGAGCUAUUCAGAAGGUCUAGGCUUUAAUCUUAAUCUAAGAAUCCAGUCUCGUGGUAGACCAAAGAACUUGUUGAGUGGUGUUGAAAUAAUCAAAAAUUUUACUCACUCAUUCCUGGAGGGCUCUUAGGUUUGUGUGACUAUGAGAAGUGUGCAUACUACUGAUAUAUCAACAGUCUGCCAUCGGCAGGGUCCCUACUUCACAUGAACAGUCGUGAUUUGAAGUUUGUGUUAUACAAACUUUGUAAGAUCAGUAGCCUGCAUCUAAUUCUGAUUUUAUCUCAAACUGCAUGAAUUUAUUAUUCCUAACCCAGACUGUCCAUGCAUGGUCACUUACAUUUACAUCUCAAGGCAUACUGAGAACUUAAAAAUGUAAUAACUUCAGAAGAGCAAGGUUUGUUUGAUUUAUUUCAUACAUCACAUUUGUCAAAGUGCCAUUGACAAAUACAUGUUUUCUUUUUAAUGCUAAUUCCCAACAAGUAUUUUUACUUAGCAGUUUAUAAAAUGUAUGAUGUGACGUUAAACUUAUGUCACAUUUAUUUAACUUUUAUAUAUGCACAUUUUUUUGCUGUGCUGUUUAUCAAGAGUAUAUAUAAAUGUCUUCCAUGGUGCUAUACUUCUAACUGCAUACUGUAUGUACACAAGUAUAAUGUAAAAUUAUUUUGGUAACACUUUACAAUAAUGUUACAUGAAAUGGCAUAACUACAGUAGUUAAUGCCAAUUCAUAUUUUUUUAUCCUAUGGUUUACUAAUGCAUAAAUAUUAGUGUAACUAAUACAUUAGUAGUUAAAUACAUUUAUGUUAACAAUUACAUUAGUUAAUGCCAAUUCAUGUAACCUCAGUGUAAAGUGUGACCCAGAUUUCUAAAGAAGAAUAUUAUGAUAUCAUUUAUGUUCAAAAUGUUCUUGUACAAGUAGCUACAGAGCUUAGUUGUAUGUUGAUAUUCAACAUAAAAUAGCACUUUUGAUUGCA